CUUCAUAGUUCAGUGACACCGAAUUCCAUCGUCCACAAAUACAGCAUGUCACGUUUCUUUGUUUUUUGGUCUUCCGUGUUCGGAGAGUGGCGGCCGUUCUGGGAGGUUCGCGUCAAGUCCUGACGUCCUCUUAUUCCAUCUCGACCUUGGCGCAUCAGCCUCCCCGCUCGGAGGGGUCCGUCGAUCACCGGGCUGGCUGGGUCUAUCCCCAGGAUGAUGCGACCCACGCUGGCUCAGAACUUCCAUCCUCGCGGCGGCUUCCCUUUGGAAGUCUCAACUCCGCUGGGUCAAGGCCGCGUAAACCAGCUUGGUGGAGUUUUCAUAAACGGCAGGCCCCUGCCCAACCACAUCCGACACAAGAUCGUGGAGAUGGCCCACCACGGCAUCAGACCCUGUGUCAUCUCCCGGCAGCUGCGGGUCUCCCACGGAUGCGUGUCCAAAAUCCUGUGUCGGUAUCAGGAGACCGGCUCCAUCAGACCCGGGGCCAUCGGGGGCAGCAAACCAAAGCAGGCGGCGACGCUGGACGUGGAGAAGCGAAUCGAAGAAUGCAAGCGGGAACAGCCGGGUAUGUUUAGCUGGGAGAUUCGGGAUAAAUUACUCAAGGAUGGGAUAUGUGACCGCGACAAUGUUCCUUCAGUAAGCUCCAUCAGUCGCGUCCUACGCAGCAGGUUUGGGGCGAAAGACGACGAAGAAGAGGAUGAGGAUGAGCUGGACAAGAGCGAGCUGGAGGAAAGUGACCGUAGGGCAAAGCACAGCAUUGAAGGGAUCUUGGGAGACAGAUCGAGCCACUCAGACGAGGGUUCAGAUGUGGAAUCAGAGCCUGAUUUGCCCCUUAAACGGAAACAACGGCGCAGUCGGACCACUUUUACGGCGGAGCAGCUGGAGGAGCUGGAGAGGGCCUUUGAGAGGACCCACUAUCCCGACAUCUACACCAGGGAGGAGCUUGCCCAAAGGGCGAAACUGACUGAAGCCAGGGUACAAGUAUGGUUCAGCAACCGAAGGGCCAGGUGGCGGAAGCAAGCCGGAGCCAACCAACUGAUGUCCUUUAAUCACCUGAUCCCAGGGGGAUUCCCAGCUUCAGCCAUGUCCAGCCUUACUCCUUACCAGCUCUCUGACAGCGCCUAUGCCUCGUCAUCCUUAACACAAGAGACACCCAACACACUACAUCGACCACAGCCUCUGCCUCCCUCCUCUGGCCACCAAGUACCCAGUGGUGGAGGACAAGGUGAAGGAAGUUCUUCUUACUGCCUCGCCUCCGGACGCCACUCCUUCUCAGGAUACUCGGAAAGCUUUGUGAGCCCCGUGGGUCCGGCCAAUCCCAUGAACCCAGCCAUCGGAAAUGGACUCUCUCCGCAGGUGAUGGGCCUGCUGAAUCAUGGCGGUGUUCCACAUCAACCUCAAAGCGACUACGCCAUUUCACCUCUAACCAGUGGUCUCGAACCACCUGCUGGCAUGGUCACCAGUUGCAGCCAACGCAUGGAUCACGUCAAAAGUCUGGAGGGUCUGACCAGUGUUCCAUCCAUGUCAGCUCUGCCUUCCCUGCCCAGCUCCCAGUCCUACUGCACUCCGUCCUACAGCUCCCAGGGCUACACAGUUGACCAUGUGGCAUCCUACCAGUAUGGCCAGUACGGACAAAGUAAGGUUCCCUUCCUUAUCUGAGGCCUGAGAUCGCCUGACCCAAAGCUCAAGUCCACAACAAGUGAAGACGAUCAUUCAGCAGCAGGACCAAAAUGAACUGGAAUAUGUUCUUUGAUGCAGCAUAUUUUAUGAUUAUUUCUUGUGAAGGAUGAGCAGAAAGCUCUAAGAAGGGACCACAAGAAGGAAUAUCAGACCAAAAACUGUUCAACGACUGAGUACAAUUUCUGCAUCAGGAGUCCAGAUGGACAGCCCAGUUUUCAGCGCUUAAUUUGGUCAGUUCUGUACAUGUGGCACUCUUGACUUCCCAGUUAGUCCACCAAUCGCAGGACAGCUUCCUGUGGGGUAUUUUUGUGUGUGUGUGGUUUUUUUUAAAUGACGGUAAACCGAAAUUUAUUGCCGCAAGAUGGCCAGCCGUUAA